AUGCCCUUCCUCAAUCUGAAUUGCUCACACAUCCCCUUUUUCCAUCCUGUUCUGAACAUUACCAUAUCUCUCAUAUCCUCUCAAUUUCCUCGUUCCCUUGACAUUAUCUUUUUUCUCCCACUAGCUGAUAGCUCUCCAAUAGCUAAUUCUUUACAAUGCUUCAUUAACUAUUCUAGGUACGUUAGCAUAAUGCAAUCAAAAGGACGAUCGGUGCAUGUCUUCGAUAUCGCGAACAGCUUCAGAAAGCUUGAUGUGAUCCUCUGCCCAAAAGACCCCAAAAUUGAGAUGAGUCGAACGCGAUGGCUAACGGUUGGGCCAAGGGGUCAAUUAUUUAUGGUCAGUGGGGACAAUGUGAAAAGUGCAGUUUGGUGUUACGUCAGGGCUAAAAAGGCCUGGAAAACUCUAAAAGAGUCUCGAAAAACUCGCUAUCAGUACGUCAGUGUGGCAGAAGAUCAAGCGGAAUACAAAGCAGUUGUUCUGUUGACUUGUGAUGCGGCCAACAAUCGUCUGCUGCUGUUCGUCGUCGACCACACCUUAUCACUUAUCAACGAGUACGAUCUCAGUAAGACUUAUCGUCUCUCAGAGCACAUUUCCAGCCCUGCAUCGGCAAUCGUAGAUCAACAUGGGAAUCUUCUUGUGCUCGACUACGCGAAUGGUAAGCUGUGGAUUCUACUCUCUGGAGUGAAGGGAGUAAGACGUCUGAAGGAGAUUCAUUUCGAAGAGCCACUGGCUGCACAAGAAGCGCUUGGAAUCAGCUCCAGUGGGGAUGAGGUAUUCGUGGCGUGCUUCAACCGAUGCGAGGUUCGUGUGACGAAGUAUCUGAACGAUGGUGUGCUGACAGCGUUCAACUCCUCUGCCAUUCGUACGUCUUCGGACAGCCGUCGAAGCGCCAGCGUCCCUCGACCGCCUGAGAGUCAGGUGUAG